ACCGGAAGUAAGCUGGAGUGACUCCUCUCGUUUCGCUCUUUCCCUUGUUGAAGGCUGCCAGUAUGGUCGUGCUGAGAGGAAUCCCCUCUGUUAUUUCACCUGAGCUGCUGUAUGCUCUCGCUAAAAUGGGCCACGGGGAUGAACUGGUUCUUGCUGAUGCAAACUUUCCAGCAUCUUCCAUUUGUGCUUGUGGUCCUAAAGAGAUAAGAGCUGAUGGUUUGGGAAUCCCACAGCUUUUGGAGGCCAUUUUGAAGCUGUUGCCCUUGGAUACCUACGUCCCUUCUCCGGCCACAGUCAUGGAUCUGGUGGACAGUGACAAACAGAGACGUUUACCUGUCCCUGUGUGGGACACCUACACACAGCUCCUGGGUCAGGCUGGGUCUCAGGCUCCUCUUGAAAAGGUGGAGAGGUUUGCUUUCUAUGAACGUGCCAAGAAAGCUUACGCUGUUGUGGCAACAGGGGAAACAGCUCUGUAUGGUAACCUGAUACUGAAGAAGGGGGUCAUUCCUGCUGAGCUGCUACAAUGACACACACACACACAUUAAAGUAAUUAAAAUCUAAUGAUUUUAGUCACAGCUGUACUAAUAUUUUUCCAUACAAUCAAUUUUCAAUGGUAUUCAGUUUCCACCAGAAGCUGUGAGUUGAAAAUAUAAUUUAGUGUUUUUCAUGUUAAAUAAAAGGUGCUGUGUGUAGGAUUUAGUAGCAUUUAGCGAGGAUUGCAGAUUGCAACCAGCUGAAACCUCAAUUGUGUGUCAGACGUGAACCCCAACUUAGAAUUCCUUCAGUGUUAAUUGUUCCGGAUGUUUUUCCCGGGAGCAGAAUCAUCUGCACAGGUCUCCUCAUCUCCAAAACAAACAGAUCAGGUGAUUUUUUAAACUGGUAAAAACACUGAAUAAAACAGUUUCCCGUCACAAAUUAACAUUUCUCAGACACUGUUUGGCAUGUGUGGAGACAGGCCACUAGC